AUGGCGAGCCAACAACCCCCGAGACAAGUCGUCGGCCGCCGUGCGCCGUCUUUGCUGGCCGGGCUGGUCCUGGCGCUGCGCCUGUUUGUGGCCGUGGCGUCGGCCUACAAGCCACUGUCGGAUGACUUUCUGAAGCUGGUGCCCGGUGGCGGCGAUGCCGACUUCGAUAUCCACAACGGCGAGCUCCUGUCGCCGCUGCUGAUCCCGCGUGUCCCCGGCACCCCGGGCCAGAUCAAGGCGCAGGAGCACCUCAUCGGCUUCUUCCAACGCUCGCUUCCCAAGUGGGAGGUGCGCUGGCAGAACUCGACCUCCAAGACACCCGUGUCGGGAGACCGCGAGCUGCCCUUUGCCAACCUCAUCCUCCGCCGCGAGCCCCCCUGGACCAAGCCCGGCCAGGCUAACCUGCUCACCCUCGUCGCCCACUACGACAGCAAGAUCGAGCCCAAGGGCUUCGUGGGAGCAACCGACAGCGCCGCACCCUGUGCCAUCCUGCUCCACGUUGCCCGCAGCAUCGACAAGUACCUGACCCAGAUGCACGACGAGAUGGCUGCCGCGGGCGAGGGCGGCACCCUCGAUAUGGACAUGGGCGUGCAGAUUCUGUUUCUCGACGGUGAGGAGGCCUUUUUGCAGUGGACAGACACCGAUUCGCUGUACGGCGCGAGGGCUCUCGCCGAGGAGUGGGAGAACACCCCUUUCCCAGCCAUGUCCAACUUCCAGAAUCCGCUGCGGCAGAUCAGCCUCUUCGUGUUGCUUGAUCUGCUUGGCUCGUCAAACCCUCGCGUGAGCUCGUACUUUCAGACGACACAUUGGGCAUACCAAAAGAUGGCGACCAUUGAGGGCCGGAUGCGCGGCCUCGGCCUGCUGGAGAGCAAGCCUCGUGCGCCGUUCCUACCUGACGGGGGAAAACUGGCCACACAGUUCCAAGGCGGCAGCAUGAUCGGCGACGACCACGUGCCUUUUAUGUACCGCGGCGCCCCUAUCCUGCACGUCAUACCAUCGCCGUUUCCGGAUGUGUGGCAUACAAUCAACGACGACGGCCCCCACCUGGACAUGCCCUCCGUGAUGGACUGGUCCAAGAUCGUCACGGCCUUUACCCUCGAGUGGUUGGACAUGAUGGAGGUUGAGCCGGAGGCCCAGUCGGCGACAUCCUUCGCACCCGAGUCACCGCGGCACGGACCCCUUAGCCAGACAGAGACGGCCGGCAGCAUCCUCUUCGACUCCAGAUAUACCUCGCAAAAGCAGCCCCCACCCACUGCCCACUACGCCGUUUGCUCCGUCCCCGACCCGAUCCCCUCGCCGUCCUCGCCGACGGUUACGAGUGCAGACUCGGCAUCUAAUACGAAAACAGACCAGCAGCCGAUUACCCCGCGCCACACCGUAGCUAUGGACACCAAGAGACAUCCUAGCUCCUUCCAGCAGCUGGAGAAGCUCGGCGAGGGAACAUAUGCUACCGUAUUUAAAGGUAGGAACAGACAGACUGGCGAUUUCGUUGCCUUGAAAGAGAUCCAUCUGGAUUCUGAGGAAGGCACACCCAGCACGGCCAUUCGCGAAAUUUCACUUAUGAAGGAACUGAAGCACGAGAAUAUCGUUGCCCUUCAUGAUGUUAUUCACACCGAGAACAAGUUGAUGUUGGUGUUCGAGUAUCUGGACGGUGACUUGAAGAAGUACAUGGACACGGAAGGCCAUAGGGGGGCGUUGCGCCCGCCCAUCAUCAAGUCAUUCAUGUACCAGCUGCUCAAGGGCAUCGAGUUCUGCCACAAGAACAGAGUCCUGCACCGAGAUCUAAAGCCUCAGAAUUUGUUGAUCAACAAUAAGGGCGCUCUAAAAUUGGGGGAUUUCGGUCUCGCGCGGGCGUUUGGGAUCCCAGUUAAUACCUUCUCCAAUGAGGUGGUGACGCUCUGGUACCGGGCGCCGGAUGUACUGCUGGGAAGCCGGACUUAUAACACCAGUAUCGACAUCUGGUCGGCCGGCUGCAUCAUGGCCGAGAUGUUUACGGGCCGGCCGUUGUUCCCGGGAACGACAAACGAAGACCAGAUUAUCCGAAUCUUCCGCAUCAUGGGGACGCCGACCGAGAGAACGUGGCCAGGACUAACGCAAUUUCCCGAGUACAAGGCCGGGUGGCAAAUGUACGCGACGCAGAACUUGGCCACCAUACUACCUCAGAUCGACCCCACAGGGAUCGACCUGCUUCAGUGCAUGCUGCAGCUACGACCGGAGCUGCGCAUCUCGGCGCAGGAGGCUCUUCAGCACCCGUGGUUCGAUGAAUACAACUAUCCCCAGCAGCAGCAACAACAGCAGCAGCAGUCACCCCUAAUGCCCGAGCCGCCUAGGGGCUAUUCGCAGACAUUGCCGAGCCAAGCCAACUACGACGGCUUUUAG